CAACAGUCACCUCCAAACCAUCCGCUGCCCCGUGAUCCAAUUCCGACCCAGAGGCAGGCGCCUAGAGGUAGAAAAAGAGGCAGAAGUCGAAUGACUCAACCGCCGACGAAGAAGGGCAGACCAGAGCCCCAACCAAGAGUGGGUUCCAGUAAGGCUGGAGCACCGCGCAGUGGCUACGAAAGGCAACGAUCAUAGAUACCAAUAACCCUUUGGGUAGGCUAAGGGCUAACCAGGAGGAUAUGGUACAAAAUGACCUGGUCAAGGUUCUUAGGCGCUAUACUAGCACUCACGUGAGUAAAACGAUUCCCUUGAGUGGCUUGAAGAGGUGGUUGGCAACCUCCCACAGUUGUGGGAGGCCGCACACCUGAAGGCAGUGCAGGAAGACUGCCUUCCUAGGCUCCGCAAGGUCCCGUGGGCACAUGACGACCUGGUGGCGGCCAAGCAGCGUUUGGACGUGCAGAAUUCCUGGGAAAAGGUAAACAGAUGGGGUCUCUUCCAUACAUCCGCGAAGGAUCAAGUUCAAGAGAGGCUGAUCAUUUUCGGAAUUGAGGAAAAGGACACAAGAAGACCUCCCCGAUCGGCUUUGUUACUGGGGGAAAUUCAAGAUGUUGACCGAGUGGAAAAUCUUCGAAGUUACCAUGAUAGUUUUUCUUCUGUGGUGCAUUCGCUACUACUGGGGACGAAGAAGGCUGUACCAGAUGGCAAGACAAAGACCUGGGCCACUUGCGCUUCCACUGAUCGGUAGCGCUUUCUACCUCAUGAGGUCGCCAAAGGAUGCUUUCGACACUAUGUUUAAGUUCGCCAAGCAGUUCAAGUCACCGACCCCUGCAUGGUUAGGACCUAUGCUGUUCUUCAUGGUGUGGGAUCCGAAGAGCCUGAAGGUAAUUUUGAAUGACACUAACACGUUGGGCAAACAUAAUUUCUAUAAAUUCGUGGGAAAUUUGAUCGGACUUGGCUUGAUUAUGCACGAAGUUCCAAAAUGGCGAAGGCACAGGAGAACUAUCCUCCCAAUCUUCAAUCGAAAUAUCCUUAAGGCUUUCACGGACGUAUUCGCACGACACGCCCUGAUUUUGGCAGACGAGCUUGAAGAACGAAUUGGACAGCGUUCUUUUGAUAUCUAUCGUUAUUGUAGCGGGUGUGUCAAUGACUUUAUUUAUGAAACUGGAUUAGGAGUUAGGGGCCAAUCUCAGAGUUCCAAGGAGAACUACAUAAGUUGCCUUGACAGAGCCAAAAACAUCGUAUUCCUGCGUAUCAACAACAUCUUCUAUCACUCUGACUGGAUUUUUAACUUGAGCUCAUUAUCAAGAGAAUAUAAGAAGAUUUGUGAAUAUAUAUACACGCAUGUUCACAUGGCAAUACAACAGCAUAAUCACACCAAUUCGUCGAACACAUUUCUCCAAGCCCUCAUCGCCGCAACCAAAGAAGACCCCGAGUUUACCGAGAAAGACCUACAGGACGAGAUCAACGCCUUUGUAAUUGCUGGGAAGGACACCACAACCCUUACAAUGUGCUACACGCUGAUCAUGCUGGGAAUGCACCCCGACGUGCAGAAGAAGCUGUACGAUGCAGUGAUCGUGGGAGAUGAAGAUUUGCUCGAUCGGGUUCUACGCGAAACCUUGCGCAUCUUCCCGCCGGCGCCGUGCAUCUCCAGAAAGGUCGAUGCGGAUAUCGCUUUGGAUAGCUGCACGAUACCGGCGGGUUCGUCGGUUGCGAUUGCGAUCAUAGCCCUACAUCGCGAUCCCGAGGUGUGGCCGGAACCGCUAAAGUUUUAUCCCGAUCGAUUCUUGGGCGAGAGGGCGCGCGAACCUUACGAUUGGUUGCCAUUCUCUGGGGGUCCACGGAAUUGUGUCGGGCGUCAGUAUGCGUUUAUGGCGCUCAAGGUGAUCAUAUCAACCUUAGUAAAGAAGUACGAGUUUUCUACCGAGUAUAAGAGUGUUGAAGAUAUCAAGUUUAAACCGAAUUUAGUAUUGGAACCCGUGAAGGGAUUUCUAGUGUCUAUUAAUUUGAGGAAAUAACAUGUUUGUUAUGGUUU